AUGGGUCUCUUCAGCAAGAAAUCCGACGCCGUCGAGGCCGGCGUCCACGAGAAGGACAGCCCCGCCAACACCACUCCCGCCGAGUCGGUUGGCGGCCGCGACGCCCCUCUUCCCCAGCACAAGGUGCCCUUCAUCGCCAUCCUGCUCGGUGCCAUCGCCUCCGUCGGUGGCUUCAUGUUCGGUUAUGAGUCUGGUCAGAUUUCUGGCUUCAUGCAAAUGACCGACUUCAAGGACCGCUUCUCCGACAAUGGCAACUUCAACGCCGCCCGCUCCGGUACCAUUGUCGGUCUGAUGUGUAUUGGUACCCUGCUUGGCUGUCUCAUCUCCGCUCCCAUGGCCGACAAGUUUGGUCGCAAGUACACCAUCUCCUUCUGGGCUUUCGGCUACAUUGUCGGUGUCAUCAUCGAAAUCACCUCCACGACCGAGUGGGUGCAGUUCGCCAUCGGCCGUCUCAUUGCUGGUUUCGGUAUCGGCUCGCUCUCCACCUGCGUUCCCAUGUACCAGUCCGAGUCGAUCCCCAGGUCCAUCCGUGGCGCCGUCGUCUCUUCGUACCAGCUGUUCAUCACCCUGGGUAUCUGGACCGCCUACAUGAUCAACUACGGCACUGAGGACACUUACCACAACAGCGCCCAGUGGCGCAUUCCCAACGGCCUGUCUGCGCUGUGGGCUAUCCUGCUCGGCUCGUCGAUCCUGUUCAUGCCCGAGUCCCCUCGCUGGGCGUACCGUGUUGGCCGCAUCGAGGAGGCCCGCAUCACCAUGGCCCGCCUCAACGGCUGUGCCACCGACGACCCGCUCAUCAACCAGGAGAUUGCCGACAUUGAGGAGAAGCUGCAGGCCGAGCGUGCCGGUGGCCACCACAACUGGUACGAGAUCUUCACUGGUCCUCGUAUGCUCUACCGCACCAUUCUCGGUAUGACUCUCCAGGCCGGUCAGCAACUCACGGGCGCCAACUUCUUCUUCUACUACGGCACGACCAUCUUCAAGGCCACUGGUCUCUCCAACUCGUACGUCACGUCGAUCAUUCUCGGCUCCGUCAACGUCGGUGCUACCGUCGCUGGUCUGUGGAUCGUUGAGAACUGCGGUCGCCGCAAGUCGCUGAUGACGGGUGCUGCCGUUGCCUUCGUCUGCUUCAUGAUCUACUCGUUCGUCGGCCACUUCCAGCUCACGCUGCACCAUGGCGACCAGGCCCAGGCCGGCAGCGUUCUGAUUGUCUUCACGUGCUUCUUCAUUGUCGCCUUCGCCACGACCUGGGGUCCCAUGGUGUGGGCGAUUGUUGGCGAGCUGUACCCUGCGCGGUACCGCGCGACGUGCAUGGCUCUGGCAACGGCGGCCAACUGGCUGUUCAACUUCCUGAUCUCGUUCUUCUCGACGUUCAUCACGGACGCGAUCGACUACUUCUACGGUCUCGUCUUCGGCGGCUGCUGCUUCGCGUUGUUCUGGAUCGUCUACUUCUUCAUGAUCGAGUCCAAGGGCCGUUCCCUUGAGGAGAUCGACACCAUGUACAUGCUGCACGUCAACCCCAUCACUUCCGCCAAGUGGGACUCGAGCAGCCUGCGCCAGGACGGCGCCCCCACCACCGACCAGCUGUACCUGGCCAACGGCGGGCGCCGCAUCGUCAAGGACGAGGAGGCCGGCGUCGGCGGCGUGCGCAGCAAGAGCAUCCACCACGAGAAUGCUGCCGAUGCCGCUGCCGACGAGGACAAGAUCUAA